ACACCUAACCCAAACCACAGUACAGGCAUAAACGGCAGCAAAUGGGAAGUGAGUGACCGGGACUCAAUGUGUUAACAUCUCUUACCUGUGUGGAAUGCGCCAGGUACACGCUUCAGCUUCAGGUCUUUAAUUGAUACCAGCGCAAUCAUGACGGCCCACAGCUUUGCUCUAGUCCUCUCAGAGCGAACGACACUCAUCCUGGUGAUGGUUCUCCUAAUGCUGGUUUCUGAAGUCCAUUCGCAAGGCCGGCUGAAGCUAACUGUUUUGUCUGAGGAUCGGCUGCAGAUGAAAUGGAAGGAAGCAGAAGGACCGGUGCAGGGCUAUAAGGUCCGUGUGCGGCCCAUCACAGAGGUUCCUCAGCCGGAGCUGAUGCUGACAACCACACGUGGACGGGCCACGGUGGCAGGCCUGGACCCCAGACAGGAGUAUCUCCUCCAAGUUAUGGUUCUCAAUGGGACGCAGGAGAAACUGAUUGCAAAGAGGCGCUUCACGAUUGAUGGGUUGCGUGAGGAUGAGCAGAUCCGCAGUGGGAACAGGGAGCAGAAGAAGAAAACUCACUCCAUUGGUUCUGGAUCUGGAGAAGUGGAUGAUGUGACGGAGGCACUAGCUGCCCUUCCCACUGUGCUCUACCAAGAACCUACAACUACAGAGCCUACUGCUGCACCUGAGCUUGAGCCAGAAGUUGACAGAAACACCAAAGAAAAGAAAAAGAAGAAAGACAAGAAUCGAUCCAAGACUGAGGAUAAAAAUGAUCAAGAAGAAACUGGAGGGAAGUCAGCUAGAGAGGAAGUCACCAUUACCAACAAACCAAGAAAAACCACCCCAACCCAACCUGUCACAGCUGUUUCCACACGAAAGCCAUUUGAAUGCAGUGCUGGAGCUCAGGCUGAUCUGGUCCUUCUGGUGGAUGGAUCUUGGAGCAUCGGCCGCACAAACUUCAGAAAAGUGCGUGACUUCUUGGAAGGCCUGGCUGUCCCGUUUCACAUUGGGCCACAGGGUGUGCAAAUAGCAUUAUCUCAGUACAGUGGAGAUCCACGGACAGAGUGGAAUCUUAAUAACUUCACCUCUAGAGAGCCGCUCCUGGAGGCCAUCAGGAACUUUAGAUACAAGGGAGGCAACACUUUCACAGGUCAGGCUCUCAUACAUGCUCUUGAGAACAAUCUGAAGGAGGAGGUGGGGGCACGACCCAACACCCCACAGUUCCUGCUACUGUUGACUGAUGGGAAAUCUCAGGAUGAUGCCAUUGCCGCAGCCAACAAGCUGAAGAUUGCUGGUGUAGAGAUCAUUGCAAUAGGUGUGAAGAAUGCAGAUGAGGCAGAACUGAGGCAGGUGGCAUCUGAACCGCUGGAGCUGAAUGUGUAUAACGUGAAUGAUUUUCCUUUGCUCAGUAAACUGGUGGGAAGACUAGCACGCAUCCUCUGUGGCAAGAUUGAAGACCGUAUUAAAGCAAAGAGAAUGGAGCGUCCCACUCAGGACCCAGUUCUGUCCUAUCCCAGCCCAACUGAUCUGCAAUAUUUAGGACUAGGCUCGAGAGAGGUGCGGCUGCGUUGGACCGUUCCCACCAAAAGUCCUCAGCAGUACAGAGUGGUAUACCACACCGCUGAAGGACAGAGUCUGAAAGAGGUGGUGGUGAAUGGAACAGACUCCACUGUUUUGCUGACAGGACUGUCCUCACAGACACAGUACCACCUGUCCAUCUUUCCUGUGUAUGAGAACAAUGUGGGCUCUGCUCUGAGAGGCACCUUCACCACAUUACCAUUGGCGAUACCUGAGGCUUUGGAGGUCACCGCUUCCUCCCCUAGCAGUCUGCGGGUGCGCUGGCAGCCGGCAGCGGGAGCCACACAGUACAUGGCCUUAUACUCAGCACUCAAUGAUGGAGAGCCUGAUGAUGCCAAAGAGGUGAAGUUUGGACCUGCUCAGACAGAUGUGGAGUUGGUGGAUCUGAUGCCGUCCACAGAUUAUUCAGUCACACUUUAUGCUCUGUAUGACGAGGAUCCCAGUGACCCAAUCACAGCCAUCGGCACUACCUUCCCAUUGCCGUCUCCUCUCAGUUUGCAGUUUCCCAUGGUCAGUCACAGCACUCUGAAGGUCACAUGGGUCCCUGGAGCUGUCGAUGUUCCUGCACACCGCAUCAUCUACAGCACCAAUCAUGGCAGUGAUGUCAAGCAGGUUGAGGUCAAAGCUGUGAACACAGUGUUGCUGCAGAAUCUGUCUUCCCUCUCCAGGUAUCUGGUGUCAGUUCAGUCUCUCUACGAAAAGGGCCUGUCCACACCUAUCACAGCCAAUGUCACUACCUUAAGGGUCCCAGCUCCCUCAGAUCUGAGAAUCGCUAACUUCUCCGGCAGUGACAUAACAGUGCGAUGGGAAGCGGCGGCGGAUGACGUGGUCUCAUAUCUCAUCAAAUGGAUCUCCCUCAGUGAAGGAGACCUCAGGCAGUUGACUGUAGAUGGGGAGAGCGAGGGGGCAAUCUUGGAGGAGGUUGAGGAAGAUAAGGAAUAUCAGAUUUCACUCUCUGCGUUAUAUGCCGAUGGCGCUCAGAGUGAGGCCGUGGCCAUACGAUACAGCACCUUAUCUGGAGGUGGUCCGAGCAGUUUGUCUAUCUCAGAGGAGACAGCAGUCAGCAUGCUGGUCACCUGGGUUCACCCCAACGCUCAUGUGCUGCAAUACCGCGUAUCGUACACUCCACUCAAUGGGGAUGCGAGGGAAAACACAGUGUCAUUGCCAGGCAGCGAGAGGCGCGUCCUGCUGCAGAAUCUGCUGCCUGACACUCGUUACAGUGUGCUGGUGACUGCUGAGUACCGCAACAGAGAGGGCGGCAGUGCCUCAGCCCAGGGGAAGACCACCAGCCUGCGGGUGAGCAGCGUGAGUGUGGUGCGGUCUGACCACUCCAGUAUAUGUGUGUCCUGGAGGCCGGUACCAGCGGUCAGUGGUUAUCGCAUAGUCAUCCAGGCACUCAAAGACAAACAGACAAAGGAGGACAUAGUAGAUGCUGCUAGCAGCAGUCACUGUUUUUCUGAGCUGCAGCCUGAGAAGGUGUACCGCAUCAGUGUGCACUCCCGUGUGGGAACAGUAGAGGGUGCUGGUGUCACUAUCCUUCACCCCACAGCUACCGCUCCAGUGAGAAUUCAGGUUCCUCCUCGACUGCAUCCCAUACAAAGAGAAGUGUGUCCUGAGACUACAGUCAGAAAUCAUGUGGUUAAAGGCUUCAACAUGAUGGAAGCGUUCGGUCUAACUCAGAGAGCUCACUCUACUGUUGAGGGUGUGGCAGCUGAACCUUUCAUCUUCAGCACCUUACCCAGUUACACCCUCUACAGAGACGUACAGUUGACCCAGAGCACAGGCUUUAUCCAUCCAGCUGGCUUUUCUCCAGAACACACCAUCAGCAUGGCCUUUAGGCUCUUGCAGGAUUCACCCAGGGAGCCCUUUGCCCUUUGGCAGCUCACGGAUAAUGACUUCCAGCCCAAGAUGGGUGUGGUCCUGGACCCUGAGAAGAAGAUUCUGCUGUAUUUCAGUCUGGACUACAGAGGAGAGAUACAGGAACUGACCUUUGACCAGCCACAAGUCCACUCAGUUUUCUAUGGUAGCUUUCAUAAGAUCCAUUUGUCGGUCAGUCAGGUGAGUGUAUCUCUGUCUGUAGACUGCCAGCGGGUUGGUGAGAGGCCCGCACGCCCCUUGGGAACUUUGCCUACUGAUGGUUUUGAGAUGUUGGGUAAACUAAUGAGGACACGUGGACCUCACAGCGGAUCUGCAGCUUUUCAGCUGCAGUCCUUUGAGAUUGUGUGCAACACUACUUGGGCAUCAGAAGACAACUGCUGUGACCUGCCCUCACAGAGAGAUGAGGAGAGCUGUCCCGCACCUGCUUAUGCAUGCACCUGCACCACCGAUGUCCCCGGAGCACCUGGAGACACCGGGCCACCUGGGAGACCUGGCCCUCGUGGGGAGAAGGGAGAAAAGGGAGACUUGGGACAAAAGGGAGAGGUGGGCCCACCUGGUAAACCGGGCCCUGAAGGCGGCUUUGGCUCUCUUGGACCCGCUGGUCCACGGGGAAUAACUGUAAUGGGCAAAGUGGGUCCACCAGGAGCAAGAGGAGAAAAAGGAGAUAUUGGAAGACCGGGCAGUCAGGGUUUACCAGGGCCUCCUGGUCAAAAAGGUGAAGAGGGCAAGCCUGGUCCUCAGGGAACCAGAGGAGUAGAGGGUAAUAUCGGUAGCCCGGGAAUCCCAGGAUCAAGAGGUUUCCAGGGUAUGCCUGGUCAUCCAGGACCAGUGGGAGAGAGAGGGCCACUAGGUCCUGUAGGGCCCACUGGUCUUCCUGGAAGUAAGGGUGAGAGAGGAGAGAAGGGUGAGCCACAGUCUCUUGCCAUGAUCUACCAGCUUGUUACACAGGCCUGCGAAAAACUUGUGCACAAUGAAGUGCUGAAGUUGGAUGCUUUUCUGAACGAGAUGAACCGUAAGCCAGUGCCCAUCCAGGAACCAGUAGCACCACCAGGAGAGCCUGGGAUACCAGGAGAAAGGGGGCCACCUGGAUCCCGAGGAUCUCAGGGUCGACAAGGAAGCAGGGGGGAGUCUGGGAAACCAGGGUAUCCUGGUGAGCAGGGACGCAGAGGAAUGCCUGGUGAAAAGGGCUCUCCAGGAGCAAAUGCGGUGGGACCACAAGGAAUAAAAGGUUUCGCAGGACCUCCAGGUGAAGCGAAAAUAGGGGAACCAGGUCCCAAAGGAGAGGAUGGUAAAGUAGGACCUCCAGGUAUUCCAGGACCUUCAGGUCAGCAAGGAGAAAUGGGACCCCCUGGGAUAUGUGACAGCAGUGGAUGUUAUCAAGGACCCCCAGCUGAAGAGGAUCCAUACCUUGGAUAUCAGCCUUGAGUUGAGAAGUUA